UUUUCACAACCUCACAGAGCUUAUCACCUUUUUCUCUCCCAUGGCAGAAACACUCACCUCUCUCUGUGUUUUCCUUCUACUCCUAUAUCCUGUAAAGCCUCAAGACGACGCUAGGCCCUUGUUGGACGAGUUCCGCGGCGGGUUCAGUGCUGCUGGCAACAACAUGAGCUUAGACGGCGUUGCAGGGGUUGACAACAAUGGCUUUCUUCUGCUAACAGACUUCUCGGCCAUGGCACUGGGCCACGGGUUUUAUUCACACCCAAUCCAAUUCAAGAACUCCAGCGGCGAAGUCAUGUCCUUCUCCACCUCCUUCGCUUUCGCUAUAGUCCCCCAGCCUGGGAUACAAGGCGGCGACGGCAUGGCUUUCGCAAUCUCUCCCGUAAAAGGGAUUCCUGGGGGUGAUUCAGGCUCUUAUCUUGGCCUCUUCAACACCUCCAACAAUGGCAACUCCUCCAACCACAUAUUAGCGGUCGAAUUCGAUACUUUCCAGAGCGUUCAGUUCGGUGAACCCGAUGGCAACCAUGUUGCUAUCGACAUCAAUAGCAUCUCAUCCAUCAAAUCUACUCCGGUCAUGCAAUUUAAGGGUAAUGAUACGAACGGUACCCCCCUUAAUUUGACGAGUAGUCAGAUUAUUCAGGCAUGGAUCGAUUAUAAUUCGCCAACAAAUCAAUUAGAUAUCAGGCUUUCCACCGACUCUGCUAAACCCAGUUCUGUACUUUUGUCCUCUAAAGUUAACCUUUCAGAAAUUCUUAACGAAUCCAUGUACAUCGGGUUUUCUGCUGCUACUGGUUUAGCAGCGAGCUCGCAUGGUAUACUGGGUUGGAGCUUCAACGUGAAUGGAGACGCUAAAUCCCUCGAUUUAUCUCAACUUCCUAAGAUCCAGCUCCCCACUGCAGCCACUGGGACCAAAAAGAAUCGUAGAGGCCUAAUUGUUGGCGUCUCUGCUUCAUGUGCUCUGGCUGUGAUUUUGCUUACUGCUUUGUCGUUUUACAUCGUCAGGAGGAAAAAGAUGGCUGAUGUGGUUGAGGAGUGGGAGCAUAAUAUUGGUCCACACAGAUUUCCUUACGAGGAACUGAAGAAAGCAACAAAAGGUUUCAAAGAGAAAGAGCUAAUUGGAUCUGGUGGAUUCGGUCGAGUUUACAGAGGAAUUCUGCCAAACUCAGACACCCAAGUUGCUGUGAAGCGUAUUUCCCAACAUUCAAAAGAAGGUUUGCGAGCGUUUAUAUCGGAGGUUUCUACUAUUGGGCGUCUUCGUCAUAGAAAUUUGGUUCAAUUAUUGGGUUGGUGCCGUCGGGAAGCUGAUCUACUACUUGUGUAUGAAUUCAUGCCUAAUGGAAGUUUGGACAAUCACCUGUUUGAUGAGCCCAAAUCAGUCCUGAGCUUAUUAGAAUUAAUCUUAUAAUUAAUCUUAUAUCAGGAGACUUAAGUUGGCCCACAUGUCACAUAUAUUAUAUGUAUAUAGUAUCUUAUUUAAAUAGAAAUUUUAUUA